GUUGGCUGCUCCUGAACCGUUUGGCUCUUUCUCUUAGUAACAACCUCACAAUCUCCCUCAAUUUCUCUUCUGUCUAGUUUAUUUAUUUAUUUAUUUAUUUUUUUAUAAACAGUAUACACAAUAAACCAUAACGUAACGCAUACUUGGGAAUUUACCUACCGAACAUCCAUCUCCAACUGGGCUUAUAACGAGAAAUUACAACCAUAUUGAAAAAUAUAUUUUUGCAGAGUAAAUUCCACACAGCAGCAGAGCAGAGAAGGCACUCACUGUGUGAUCUGGAUCCUAAAGUUGUGGAUAGGUACUUUAGUACCCUGUGCCACUGAUGAACUUCUGAAAGGCACCAAGUUGCAGGGCUUGUGUCCUCUGUGGUGACCUCAUGGUUUAAGCAGGAGUAAAGAUGAGUAUAAGCAGUGAUGAGGUCAACUUCUUGGUGUACAGAUAUCUACAGGAGUCAGGUUUCUCCCAUUCAGCAUUCACUUUUGGUAUUGAGAGCCACAUCAGUCAGUCCAAUAUAAAUGGUGCCCUAGUGCCCCCUGCUGCUCUCAUUUCUAUCAUACAGAAGGGCUUGCAGUAUGUAGAAGCAGAAGUCAGCAUCAAUGAGGAUGGUACCCUUUUUGAUGGCAGGCCGAUAGAGUCUCUUUCUCUAAUAGAUGCCGUGAUGCCUGAUGUGGUACAAACCAGACAGCAAGCUUACAGGGACAAACUUGCACAGCAGCAAGCAGCAGCAGCAGCAGCUGCUGUCACCACAGCCAAUCAACAAGGAGCUGCAAAGAAUGGGGAAAAUACUGCGAAUGGGGAAGAGAAUGGAGCACAUGCCUUAGCAAAUAACCAUGCAGACAUGAUGGAGGUAGAUGGAGAUGUAGAUAUUCCUCAGAAUAAAGCUAUGGUAUUGCGUGGCCACGAGUCGGAAGUUUUUAUCUGUGCUUGGAAUCCAGUCAGUGACCUCCUUGCAUCUGGGUCUGGUGAUUCGACAGCACGUAUCUGGAACCUUAGUGAGAACAGCAGCAGCAGCUCAACUCAACUUGUACUCAGACAUUGCAUACGGGAAGGGGGGCAGGAUGUACCAAGUAACAAAGAUGUCACUUCAUUAGACUGGAAUAGUGAAGGCACGCUACUAGCAACAGGUUCUUAUGAUGGAUUUGCCAGAAUAUGGACUAAAGAUGGUAACCUUGCCAGCACCUUGGGUCAGCACAAAGGCCCUAUUUUUGCUUUAAAAUGGAAUAAGAAAGGAAAUUUCAUUCUUAGUGCUGGUGUUGAUAAGACUACAAUCAUUUGGGAUGCACAGACUGGAGAAGCCAAGCAGCAGUUCCCUUUCCACUCUGCACCAGCACUAGAUGUUGACUGGCAAAGUAACAAUACAUUUGCCUCAUGCAGUACAGAUAUGUGCAUCCAUGUCUGUAAACUGGGACAGGACAGACCCAUCAAGACAUUCCAAGGGCACACAAAUGAAGUUAAUGCUAUUAAGUGGGAUCCAACUGGUAACCUACUGGCAUCCUGCUCUGAUGACAUGACUCUAAAGAUAUGGAGCAUGAAACAGGAUAACUGUGUCCAUGACUUACAAGCGCACAACAAAGAGAUAUACACUAUCAAAUGGAGCCCAACAGGACCUGGCACAAACAACCCAAAUGCCAAUCUUAUGUUAGCAAGUGCAUCAUUUGACUCUACUGUUCGAUUAUGGGACGUAGACCGGGGAAUCUGCAUCCACACACUGACCAAACAUCAGGAACCAGUGUACAGUGUAGCCUUUAGCCCAGAUGGCAGGUACCUAGCCAGUGGCUCUUUUGACAAAUGUGUACACAUCUGGAAUACACAGACAGGUGCUCUAGUCCAUAGCUACAGGGGAACAGGAGGGAUCUUUGAGGUUUGCUGGAAUGCAGCAGGAGACAAAGUUGGAGCAAGUGCAUCAGAUGGAUCAGUUUGUGUAUUAGAUCUUCGGAAAUAACGCUGCUAGUUGGAAGCCAUGGACCGACUAUGAAUGUGUACAUAGCCAAAAUGACUAUCCCUGCCCCAUGUACUGCUACUGUCCUAUCUGAACCAUGGCCUGUCCCCUAGAGCCAAACAGAGACCCUGACAAAGUACACAGACCAGGGUAGGAGGGCUGAAUCCUCUCAAGAGCCUGUUUACUCGAAGCGGGAACAUUUUCUACCCACAAAGAAAAAGACACAGUAAAAAAGGGACUUGUGUGAAUGAAGCAGAAAUUUGAAAGAUAUUUUUUCUUUUAAACCAGUCAAUACAAAACUUUGAUCUUGUUGGAAGAAGAGUUUGUGUGUGCACACACUGGCUUUCUUAAUCCUGCAGCAGUUAGUUACUUUCCUUUUUUAAAUGCUCUGCAGUUUAGGUUACAGUUGCAUGUUUUUUUCCUCCCAUUCUGCUCCUCAGACAGAAAACAGCUAAAACAAAAGUCUGCUACUGUGCAGUAUGCGGUUCACAAAACACUGGGGGCAACGCCAAUAUUCUUAAAACUCCAGUUUCACUUCACUUAUUCACCAGUGGUAGUUAUGAUGCUAUGGUUUUUCUGAUUGCAGUUAAAAUGCAGGGUUUUUUUAUUGUUAAAAAACUUAAAGGAUUAAAUAACUAAAAUGGGCACAGCAGUUUAGAUUAGAUGCUUUAUGCAUCCCUUUGCUUUGACCAUGCUUUAAGUAUGGUUGGAUUGUGCACUAUUGACAUAAUAUAAUUAUAGAAAUGUUCAUUUAAAAAGAAAAAAAAAAAGUUUCUGGACAAAGGUUUUCUGAUCUAGCUGUUAGUAAACUGUAGACGAGUCAUUCAGUAACUAGACUCCAGUAUUAAUGAUUGAUACCUUUUUGACAUUUAAAAAAUGUGUACAGGCCAUUGUAAAACCAAUAUGCCAUUGUUAUUGGGCAGAAAUCAUGGAGGUUCCUAUAUAAUUUUCUGUAAGGAAAAGUGAAGACUUGCUUUGAGUUUCCUUUUUUAAUAAUUCAUUCCUAGUAUGUUUAUGCAUUUCAAGUAAGUGCUGGGUUCUACAUGUUCAUUUUUAAUGAGAUUACUUUGAUUUGUAAUGUGUUAUAUGCUCUAGCCUCGCUAGCGUAAUGAGGUUUAACAUUCAACACAAUGCUAAUUAGUUAUGAGAAGUGGGUAAGGGUGGUUCUAGGGACUACUGUCUUUGUAUUGCUUUUGUUAUACCUUUGCUUCAACAAUCAAAAAUGCCUAGCCUUAUUCUAAAUGACCUUUCUGAGCACUGUAACUGUACUAUUUUUCUGCCUAGUUGUAUGUUUUUAAUUAACUUUUUUUUACUAAAAACUGGAAAUUCCCACCCAAUUAAUACACAUAAUUGAUGCAAGAUUUCAUUUAGUCAUGUGUUGAUCUUUUUUUACUACAUUAAAAAGUUAAAAAAUGACACUUAAAGCAAGUCUGGUUGUUGGGCAGGGGAAAAGUGUUUGGUAAAUGUGACAUGGAUCAACAUUGUAACUAUCAUCACAUGAUAUGAUUUUAUAUACUGCCCAUUUGUAAGGGUAGUUUUUAAUUGGAAUAUGUAUAUAUAUUUCCAAACACACUACAGUGUGUGUUAUCUAUGUACAUUAUAUGAACAUUAAAGUUGUUUCCAUGCAAUAGCAAAAUUACCAGCUGGUAUAAUCACAAAAAAUACAAUGUCUUUAUAAAAUACCAUUUGACAGUCAUAGUAAAAUGAAGUACCCCACAGGUUUAUUUUAUUUCUUUCUUUUUAUAAAUGAUUUAAUGUAAAAAAAGAAGCCAGUUUUACCCAUGUGGCAUGUAGAAUGGAAAGCAACAGAAAUAUAGAUACAAGUAUAACAAACUACAUUUAUACUGCUUGUGAUGAGACUGUGUCUCAGGGGGAGAGCCAUAUGCAGUUAUCUGCUGUCAGUGUCCUUCUCUAAAAACCCUAUAUUCUGUGUACUUAUUAAAUUUGCAUUUGUGUAUGAACUGGGUGUCAGUCCCAUGUUGUAACCAACUGACUCUAGCCUCUGAUUACAUAUUAGAGGCAUCGAAGAGCCUGGAAGUUCCUAGUACCCAUUAGUCUUAAGACUUUUGUGAAAAAGAGUAAUACCGUAAUGGUCAUAAUCCAUUUCUGAGUAGGGUUUAAUGUAACAACAAUGAACACUAAAAUUAGACAGCCUCAGCUCAGGUUAAAAAGACUUGGGGCUUAGAAUGUGAAGUGUACAGUAUAUAGAUGUAAUGGUGUAAAGUGGUCCGGUUGAACUGUCAGGAUGUUGUCAGGAGUUCUAUACCAUAACACUGACCUUAAAAACAGUGUAGCUCCUAGCCCUUUAUACAUGCUGAGCACUGAAAAAAAAAAAAACAAACAAACAAACAAACAAAAAAAAAAUUUAUAAAAUUAAAAAGCCUUACAAAGAACUUGUUAUUCAGAUACACAUUUAUAUAAGUUGCUGUACAGUCUGAGUGUAUACAUUGUUUUCUGUACAUUUUUUUUAUAGUUUGCAACAUACGUUUAAACUUCAGCACAGUGUAGUUGAUUUAAGUAACAUCUGUGACAAUAGAAUGGUAUUCUAUAAAUCAGUUUCUAGUUUUGUGUUUGUGAACCUGCCCUGGAGUUAAGUGUAUUUUUUCCCCUAUCUCCACCAAUGGAUUCUCAAUCUUCUGGUGUGUAACACCAGCCCAUAACAGUUUUUGUACUCUUUAAACCGUUUUCUAGUUCUUAUUUCUUUGUCGCUGUUUAAGCAAAAAAGAAAGAAAAAAAAAAAGACAGAAGUACCAUAAUGUCCUGGACCAUGUAAAUACCACCUUCUAUAAUGUAUUUGGGUUCUACACUGCAUAAAAAGUGCCCACGCCCACCAUUUGAUUUCUAUUACUAAAACCACAUCUUUUUGUUUUAGAUUCCCUUUGCAUUGUAUUGAUCUGACUGUUGUAAUUUGAAUCAGAUCUGAAGAGGUCCAGAAUAAAAUAUAUUUUGAUAUUA